AUGGCUCCGCGGCCCGGGUCUCCCCGCGUCUCCAGCUAACCGCUCGCCCGCUUCCCCGCCCGCACUCGCGCUGGCCGCUGAAAUACCUCACCCCCUUCCUAACCCUCCGUACCCCGAAGCCAGGACCCGGUUCCCACACUGACCCUUCUUUUCCCAGCUCCAUACCCCCACCUGUCCCCACCUUUCUCCCACACCCGGGUCUCCCUCCCAGUGCACCCUGCAGCUCCUGCCCUCCCUCGACCUCCCAAACCGGUGUCCUCAGGAAACUGUUCCUUGGAUACCAGAGAUCUCUGGGUAUCUAGCUGAGCUUGCUCUGCCUCCUCCUUCCCCGCCACUGGGUCCUUCUCUGGAUCAUUUUUCUUUCUGUGUUAUUUCUCACCUACCUGAGGGAAAACUCUCUUAGGCUUGAGGAAAGUUCUUCUGUAGGAUUCGAACCCUAAGAAAAAUGUAACUUACCUUUGGGGGUGACGUGGGAAGGAGCUAACGUCUUUUAGCACAGGGGGCAGGUGUAUUUCCCCAGAGCCUCUGCGGGGGCCCAGGAGAUGCCCCAGGGCCUGCCUUUGGAAGGCGAGGAAGAGACAGACUCGGAGGAGAGGGAGGACAGUUCCAUAGAAGAUCUGAAAGAAAUCAGCACCCUGGCUUUUGUGAGAGAGAACACAGGGGCCCAAAAGGGCCUUCAGAAUGCCCAACAGCAAGGCAAGAAGAAGAGGAAGAAAAAGAGAUGAUUGGUGAUCAAUCUAUCCAGCUGCCGAUACGACAGUGUGCGGAGGGCCGCCCAGCAGUAUGGCCUUCGAGAGGGUGGGGAAAACGAUGACUGGACUCUCUACUGGACUGACUACUCGGUGUCACUGGAGCGGGUGAUGGAAAUGAAAAGCUACCAGAAAAUUAAUCACUUCCCUGGGAUGAAUGAGAUCUGCCGAAAGGACUUGCUGGCCAGGAAUAUGAGCCGCAUGUUAAAGAUGUUCCCUAAAGAUUUCCACUUCUUCCCUAAGACCUGGUGUCUCCCGGCCGAGAAGAAAAAGAUAAAGACUGUAUGUGUCCAAGGUUUAGAAAACACAAGGUUCUGCCUCUACAAUAGAUGCCAUUGAGGGGCUGGGUGCUUGAGAGCCUGUGCCAGAAGCUGGGAAGAGAAUUUGUUCUGAUACUGUUGAUUUUGAACUUGUUCCAACCUUUUAACUCUACAGUGUCUGAAUUGUUAAGGAUGGGGAGCACUUCUGAAGGGAGUGAGGUAAAGGUUAGCACCCAGCUGGGGAGAUUUGCAGAAUUACAGCAGGUCAAGAAAAAAUAAGACAUACAUUUGUAAGCCGGAUUCGGGCUGCCAAGGAAGAGGUAUAUUUAUCACCCGGACGGUGAAAGAAAUCAAACCAGGGGAGGAUAUGAUCUGUCAGCUCUAUAUUUCAAAGCCCUUUAUCAUCGACGGGUUCAAGUUUGACCUCCGAAUUUAUGUGCUGAUGACAUCCUGUGACCCUCUCAGGAUUUUUGUGUACAACGAAGGACUCGCCCGCUUUGCGACAACCUCUUACUCCCAUCCCUGCACAGACAACCUGGACGAUAUCUGCAUGCACCUGACCAAUUAUUCCAUUAAUAAGCACAGUUCUAAUUUCAUUCAAGACGCUCACACUGGCAGCAAGAGGAAGCUCUCCACAUUUAACAUGUUCAUGCAGAACCAUGGUUACAACGUCGAGCAGAUAUGGAGAGACAUUGAGGACGUGAUCAUCAAGACUAUCAUCUCGGCCCACCCCAUCAUCAAGCACAACUACCACACCUGCUUCCCCAACCACACGCUCAACAGUGCCUGCUUUGAAAUCCUGGGCUUUGACAUUUUACUGGACCACAAACUCAAGCCGUGGCUGCUGGAGGUCAACCACUCUCCUAGCUUUUCCACUGACACAUGGCUGGAUAAAGAGGUGAAGGACAGUCUGCUGUACGACACCUUGGUCCUGAUCAACCUGGGAAGCUGUGACAAAAAGAAAGUCCUAGAGGAGGAGAGACAACGGGGACGGUGUCUGCAGCAAUGCCGUUCUCGAGAGAACAGGAUUGAGGAAGUCAAGGGCUUCCAGGCCGUGCGGGUAGAGAAGACCGAGAAGUAUGAGAAGGAACACUGUGGGGGGUUCCGCCUGAUUUAUCCCAGUCUGAUCUCCGACAAGUAUCAGAAGUUCUUCCAAGACAACAACUCCCUCUUCCAGAAUACUGUUGCUUCCAGGGCUCGGGAACUGUAUGCCAGGCAACUGAUCCAGGAGCUGAGACUCAAACAGGAGAAAAAAUCCUUCCAAAUGAAAGAGAAGAAGGUAGAGAUGCAGGGGGAGUCCGUGGGCGAACAGUCGAGAGGGAAGAGUACGAGGAGCUGGAGACAGAAGCAACGGCAGAAAUACAAGACCAUCACCCACAGCUCCAAACAACCAAUGACAUUAGUGACCUACACACCUGAAUUGUGCUUGAAAGUCAAAGACAUAAAGAAAGACGACAGCAGCUUCAACCAGGAGGCCCUGAGGAGGAAGACUGCCUCUGAUCCCCACAAACUCUCAUCCGUGAGGCAGUACAAAUCUGUACCUGACCUGAGGAACUCAAGCCUUCUCAGUGGCUCUGAGCUGGAGCCCAGUAAUCCCAACUCCAGAAUCAGGGGGGCCAGUUCUACUUCUGCAGUGAACCUCUUCACCCGCACUAUGCCCUUAACCUCAGUAGAAACCUUCCCAGAAUCCACCACCCAUGUCCCAGACUCCCCUGAGUCUCUGCGGAGCCUGACCACAACCACCAGCUCUGAAUGCAGCAGCCCACAGAUGUACAGGACGGUCUCCCUCAGGGACAGGCAGAAGCAGUUCUCCCAGCACCACAUCCAGGGCAAAAUACCAAGACUUUCUUCACCUAUAAAAUUUCAGCGCUUCUCAGGGAGCCUGAACCCAAACUGGACUUUGCUAAAGAAUGACAGGAAGCAGCAUCAUUUGAUGUCAGAGUUUUUCACCAAGAUUCAAAUGAAGGAGAAGCUGUCCUUGUUCCCAGUUCACUGCAACCCCAAGCAGAUGCUGUGUAACCAGCCACAUAACCCCUCCCUGCCUCAUGAGAGCUACUUCCGAAAUCAAAUCUCUGGCAAGAAGAGGCGGCCGCCUGUGUCCUCUCUCCUCCUCUUGCAGAGUUCUCGGAGCCAGGAUGUUUCCCUGCGGGACCUGCUGGUGGUGGCCACUCCAGCUCGACUAGGUCCAAGGCCUGGAAGAAGCCAUCCAGGUUCUGUGAGGGACCCGUGCACACAGGAUCACAAAGUAUACGGUCACUGCCUGUUCUCUGACCAAAAGAGAUGUGAUAGGAACUAGAACCAGACUGGAUCUCUGCUAUUUUUUCCCCUUUCCAUCUCUCACUCCCAGGAAAUGAUUUGGCUCUUCCUACAGAGUCUACAGUGUCCAUAGACUCAACUGAAAGUUUUAUUUUCUCAUCUAGACAUCCUGGUCUUAUAACCAACUCCCAUGAGCACCGCAGAGGCCAGCAGCCACAGCACAGUGCUGUGAGACCAUGACUUCUGGGAGUUAUUGGUGCUGCCCCAGAACACACCAUUUGCCCCAGCCGUGGCAUUUCUAUGGGUCCCUUAUAUGGCACCACCAUCCAGAACACUCCCUGAGAUAGUGCACCAGGAGUGGAGGAGUGUUUCAGAGGAGGACUCGCAAUUUCUGGGAUUCCAAGGCCCUCACUCCACCAACAGAUUUAUGUCAGUUGGUCUUUGACUCCCAAGAUAAAAGACAGAGAGAAGGCUAGGGUAAUGGGGAACUUUGAGCCUGAGUAAGGAAAUUGGGGCCAUUGAACUUCACCUGGUAGAGACCAGACAUUUUCCCAGCCCGGCUAACUCAGUGCCCAGACAUCUCCCCACACCUCCCUUACCAGGCCAACUCAGUCCUGCGGGCGAAGACAAGAGGUGAGACAAGAGCACCCUGCUUGCAGGCAUAGCUCCCACUGACCUGCUAAAAUGAUGCAUUUUACCUUCAAGUGUACAUUAAUAAAAUAAGUUGCCAUUCUUAAUGCUAGGAUGAGGAGCCUGAUCCAGAAUGAGAAUGGGAAAGGGAGGUGGGAAAGACACUGCACCUGAGCCCCCACAUUAGGAGAUCUCUAAAUCCUUUGAGAUUGUAUUUGAAGUCUUUGAAGAACUUCCGUGAAUGAAUAAGUGUACAGUAAGCCCCAGCCUCCUUGAUGGGGUCCUGGAGCCUGAGAUGGCCCGUCUGGGGGCACUGUGGUUGUCUCUCUGUCCCGUAACAGGACCUGUCUAGACCCCAGGCAUAACAUCUCAUCUAGUUUGCCAAUUAAUUCUCCACCCUCUCCAGGACGUGGUCCAAGGACUUUGCCUCUCUUGCUCUUCCUGAGUUAGUUCCCUGGAAAGAGUUUUGCAGGAGUCUGGGGCAGGGGUAGAAGAUGGGCAAGGCCUGAAGUGAAGCACCUGCUUCCCAGUGUUGACUCAGCUCUGCCUUAUGGACUGCCAUUGGAAUGAAUUUCUGGCAUCCAGACUUUCAGGGGAUCUGGGGACACUUGCAGCCUAUAGUACCUACCCCUCAGGCAAAGGACCUUAAUUACCUAAAUUCUACUGAAUGGAAAUUUAGACCCAAGCCAUUUGUGUCCUGCCAUGAAAUGCAUACAGGUACACACCUUCAUCCUCACCUGGGUCUGAUUCCCAAGGCUUCCUGGUAUAGGCUAUUUAGUAAGUCAAGUCUCAGCUGGAUGGCAGGAAGAGGACUUGAUUCCCACGGGGCAGACUAGUAAAAGCAUAAUCAUCACCUCAGGCCUCCCCUCCCCCUUCACCAGCCCUUUCCAGAUGCCAUUCAGAAGAUUCAAAAUUGUCAAACGUGGGCCAACAUCCCCAUCAUUGCCAUAAAUUUUAACCUGGUCCAAACAAAGAUGUUAGGACGUGCUGAAAUGGGGCCACCUGGAAACUUUACAUUUCUCCUUACUCUACUAGCCCCAGCCAAUCAAGUUUCCUGAGCUAAUAAA